AUGCCCCUAAACAUCCUCCUCUACGGCGUCGGCAGCGUCGGCGCCAUAUACCUGCACCAACUGCAGCGCGCCGGCUGCACCGUAACCGCCAUCUGCCGGUCCAACCACGACGUCGUGGCGACAUCCGGCUUCACCAUGACCAGCGCCCUCUUCGGCACCGUCACCUACCGCCCCGACCACAUCUACCGAUCCGUCAGCGACAUCCCCUCCGACCAAGUCUUCGACUACAUCGUCGUCACGGCGAAAUGCUUCCCAGACAGUAAUCCCUCGCUCGCGGAGCAGCUCCGCCCCGCACUAACGAACCCGCCCCGCCGGACCACCGCCAUCGUGCUCGCCCAGAACGGCAUCGAUAUCGAAGCCCCCAUUGCCGCUGCAUAUCCUGACAACCCGCUCAUCAGCGCAGUGAUCUACCUCCCCGCGACGCAGACCGCGCCGGGGAUCAUCACGCACCCGGAACCGCUGAAUCAUAUCGAACUAGGCACGUACCCAUCCUCCGCGCCGCAGGAGCACGUCGACUCCGCGACUCGAUUCGCAGAGACGAUGCGGUGGGGCGGCGGCGAGGCGACCGUGUUCGAGGACAUUCAAGGCGCGCGAUGGAGGAAGCUAAUGGUGAACGCGGCGUGGAAUCCGAUCGGGGCGUUGUCUCUGUGCACGGACGGCGGGUUUCUAGUGACGUCGCCGUUUGCGAGGGACGUUGUUUGGGGUGUUAUGAUGGAGGUGGUGGCGUUGGCGAGGCGGGCGGGUGUGGAAGGGGUGGAUGAGGAGGCGGCGGAGAAGUUGUUUCAGAUUUCGAAGAGGCGCGCGGAGCUGGGGACGGGCAGGGCGUUGAGUAUGCUGCAGGAUGUGAGGAUGGGGAGGCCGUUUGAGGUGGAGGCGAUUGUGGGGAAUGCGGUGCGGUUGGGGAGGAAGUUGGGGGUUGAGAUGCCCAGGUUGGAGACUGUUUAUGCGUUGGCGAAGGGGAGGUAUGAUGUUAUGGUUGAGAGUGGGAAGUAGAUGUCUGAAGGGGGGUAACUUUUUGUAGAUAGAGUUAUAGAUCAUUGAUUGAGGAUAGAUGUACCUGAAACAACAGCUCCAUGGUAAAUGCCAACACAUAAAAAAACAUAGAC